CGUCAAAUCAGAGGGAAGAGUUCGUCUCCAGCUCCUAAAGUUCAGCUCACUUUGCGUGAAGUGAACCUUCAUUGAAGACGAUUUUUUAUGUUUCACAACUUAUUUACAGCUGCACAACACUUAAGUACAACAAUAAUGGUAUCGUUACGUGUUUGAUUAUCUCCUACCUCGAGUUUAGUUUUUUUUAAUGGAAGUUGUAAGUGCUGCUGUCUUUGAUCUGCUGAUGUCAGAUGAAAGUGGGAACUGAUCAAAGUAAAUGAGGAAAGCCAUGAAGAGCCGGUCGACUUCACCUCCAGUUCACGUGCACGUCAGUGAUAACACACCAAUUCAUGUGCACGUGAAGAACAACAGAAGGAGUCCGGCCGUAACACCUCAGGGAAAGUCCAGAGCGGACAGAGCGACCCUCCGUCCUACAGCCACAGUCAAAACCCGAGUGCCAUGGGUGCCUCCAGGAAAAGCGUCCACACGCGAGACUUCGUUCAAGUGGGAGGGUCCCACACACCGCUUGGAGAUCUUACCACCGCUGCAUGACUCGCAGCCUCAAUUUUCCUCCUCUGCUCUGCAAUUGACUGACCUGGCUUUAGAGGAGGAGGAGGCACUUCAUGGUCGAAUUAACAAUUAUGAGAGGAAGAUCGACGACAUGCUGACCGAGGUGGCCUCUCUGAAGACGGAGAUGGAGAGACAGAAGCGGAAGCAAAUGCUUGAUCGUCAUUGGGAGCAGCUGAGCGCCUCCCAAAGGCUGAUUGCAGAUCAGGAGGAGGAGCUGACUGAGGUCACCAAAGAACUGGAAGCGACGGAGAAGGAGAACACACGUCUGCGGCAGUCCAUGGAGAAGAUACUGGACACUGGACACCGCAGUUUUAGCCGAUUGGACACAGACAGAGCUCACCAGGAUAAGGAAACUCUGCUGAAGAAACUGAUGGAUGCUGAAGCAGAUGGCGCUGCAGCAGCCAAACAGAUCUCAGCCCUGAGAGAAUCCGUGUCCAAACUGUGCUGUGCGUCUAGGCCGACGGCCGCUGAGGUUUCAGUUCUGACUCAUCAGAAAGAUAUGCUGCUGCAGAAACUGGAAGCUUUUGAAGCCACGAAUCACAAACUGAGGCGCCUGCUCCGAGAACAUCAUGGAUCCAAGAUGGAGUCGCUACGACUGUCGGAGCAGAAGGAAACGUUACUGAAGAAGCUGACGGACACAGAGGCUGAAAACACCCGUCUGAUGUUGAAGCUUCAGGAGAAAGAUAAAGAAAUGCAUCAGCUCAGCAGACGUCUGGAUGCUGAGAAGGACAACAUCAAGAACACGUCAGACUGGUCUAAAAGUUUGGAGUCAACACGAGCUCAUUUACAGGGACAGUUGAGGAGCAAAGAAGCUGAGAAGAACAGGAUGUGUGUGCAGAUCAAGAACCUGGAGCGAGCGGCUGAACGUCAAAGAUCUGAGAUGGAACGUCUGAAGGAGACAAUGACCAGACAGAGGCAACAGGCCAACGUAGAACGGGAGACUCUGAAACGAGCUGCUAGAGCUCAGAAACAACAGGCACAGACCGCGGGUCAGCUGAGCACUAAACUGAUGGACAUGGAGAAGAGGAUGGCAGAUGCUCUGUCCACAGCUGAAUGUUGGCAAAGACAUCACAAUGAACUGAUGAAGGAGAAAAAUGACCUGGAGCUGAAGGUGUCUCUGAUGAACAGUCGUGUGAUGGAGAUGACUCAGCAGCUACAGAACACCGACGGGAAGACGAACUUGGAGAGACGGGUUAUGCUGGAACGACUUCACGGACUCAACACAGAGGGCACUGCGGCUAAAAUAGAGAACCAGGCGCUCAAGGCCAAGGUUUCAGCCACAGAGGAGAAGCUGGCGUUGUCCCAGUCGGAGCUUCAGCAGGUCAAAGCCUCAGUCAAACAGUACGAGAGUCUGCUGGACAGUUACAAGAUCCAGGUUGGGAAAACGAGAGCUGAAGCUGACGAGUACGCCGCCAUGUUGACUCAGGCAGAGCAGGAAGCCCAGAAUGCGCGGGACCACCUACAGCAGGAGUUAGCCAUAGUUCGCAGAGAAAUGCAGGGACGGUUGUCAGACCUGGAGUCACUUCCUGAAGUUUUAAGACGAACGGAGCUGCAGCUUCACGAGGCUCACGACAGAGAACGCUGUCAGGAGAGACGGGGAACAGAACUCAGCUCCACAAUGGCAGAUCUACGCAUGAAGGUGGAAACGCAGGGAAACCAGCUGGAACUGAGUCGACAGAAGAACAAAGUUCUUCUGGAUGAGAACAGGCAACUGCAGCAGCGAGUAGAGAGUUUGGAAACUGCGGUGAAAGAGGCCACCAGUCAGAACCAGAACUUGCUGGGUAUUAUAUCCAAACGAGAAAACUCUGUCCACAGCAAUCAUCUCCUCCUAGAAGAGAAGAAGAAAGAAUGUACUGUGCUGAGAAAGAAGCUGGAUGACGCUCUGGAUGAUGCGAGGAGACAGGUAUCUGAUACCAGAGAACGUGUUGCUACCAAAGAGUUCUCUAACCAAGCCAAGAUCAUGGACCUGGAAUCUCAGCUCAACAGAAGCAACACCCAAAUCAGCCAACUGCGACGCAGCAAAGAGGAGGCGGAGCAACUUUACCAGAGUCAGCUGCAGGACCUGAAGGACCGUCUGGAACAGUCCGACACCACCAACAAGAGCCUCAACAACUACGUCCAGUUCCUCAGAGACACGUAUGCCGACGUGUUUGGAGACGUGACCUUGGGCAGCUCCGUGCACACAUACUCACCUGUCUGCAGCGGACAGUAACCAAGUGCAGAAGGUCACCUGAAGAGUAUCAUCAGGGACUGUUAAAACAAACAAACAAAAAAAAACAUACCAGCAUCUCACAGCAAAGAUACCCAUGUGGCUUGUUUUUACUGGUUUACCAUCUGGUUUACCAGCCAUCUUGUGCUGGUGCCCUGAAUAUUGUCUUCUAAAAAAUGAUAGAUUAUUAAAUUAUUAUUUUUAUUUUAAAAGCAAAUGUGACAGAAUAUGCAAAUUGUCUUUGUUAAAUGUCCUCUGAACCUUUUUUUUAAACUCAACAGUGACCACAAGAGACAAACUUUUACUGUAUAUUUGUACCAUUUAUGUAGUUAAGCUAUUUAUUUAUUACACUUUUAUAGAUCUGACUUAUUUAUGCACAUAAAAACAGCAUGUGUCCAAAUCUG